CCGCUGCGGGCUCCGCGCGCGCGGGCCAUGUCCGCCUUCUGCCUGGGCUUGGCCGGCCGCGCUUCAGCACCCGCCGAGCCGGACAGCGCCUGCUGCAUGGAGCUGCCCGCCGCGGCCGGGGACGCAGUCCGGAGUCCUGCCGCCGCCGCCGCCCUCAUCUCCUUCCCCGGGGGCCCGGGGGAGCUGGAACUGGCGUUAGAGGAGGAGCUGGCGCUGCUGGCGGCCGGGGAGCGGCCGUCGGAGCCCGGGGAGCAUCCUCAGGCCGAGCCGGGGCCUGCAGCCGAGGGGGCUGGACCGCAGCCGCCGCCUGCCCAGGACCCCGAGCUGCUGUCGGUAAUCCGGCAGAAGGAGAAGGAUCUGGUGUUGGCGGCCCGGCUGGGCAAGGCACUGCUCGAGAGGAACCAGGACAUGAGCCGGCAGUACGAGCAAAUGCACAAGGAGCUGACAGACAAGUUAGAGCACUUAGAACAAGAGAAACAUGAACUGAGAAGACGAUUUGAGAACCGAGAAGGGGAGUGGGAAGGGCGAGUGUCAGAGCUGGAGAGUGAUGUGAAACAGCUACAGGACGAGUUAGAGAGGCAGCAAGUUCAUCUGCGGGAAGCAGAUCGAGAAAAAACACGGGCUGUUCAGGAACUAUCAGAACAGAACCAAAGGUUGUUGGAUCAACUCAGCAGGGCAUCAGAAGUUGAGCGACAGCUCUCCAUGCAGGUCCACGCCCUCAGAGAAGACUUCCGUGAGAAAAACUCGUCAACCAACCAGCACAUCAUCAGGCUGGAGAGCCUUCAGGCUGAGAUCAAGAUGCUGUCAGAUCGGAAACGGGAGCUGGAGCAUCGUCUCAGUGCCACCUUAGAGGAAAAUGACCUGCUCCAAGGGACCGUGGAGGAGCUGCAGGACCGGGUGCUGAUCCUGGAGAGGCAGGGCCAUGACAAAGACCUACAGCUGCACCAAAGCCAGCUGGAGCUCCAGGAGGUGCGUCUCUCCUACCGACAGCUGCAGGUGAAAGUGGAAGAACUCACCGAGGAGAGGAGUCUGCAGAGCUCUGCCGCCACCAGCACGUCCCUCCUGUCAGAGAUCGAGCAGAGCAUGGAGGCCGAAGAGCUGGAGCAAGAGAGAGAACAGCUGAGACUGCAGCUCUGGGAAGCCUACUGCCAGGUUCGCUAUCUCUGCUCACACCUGCGAGGGAACGACAGUGCUGACUCGGCUGUCUCCACGGACUCCUCGAUGGACGAAUCUUCAGAAACUUCAUCCGCCAAGGAUGUCCCAGCCGGCAGCUUGCGCACUGCCCUCAACGAGCUCAAGAGACUGAUACAGAGCAUUGUGGACGGCAUGGAGCCCACGAGCUCCCGGAGACUUGACGAUGACUCCUUAGAAGAACAGAUAAGGCAGACCAGUGAGGACUCGAGAGCACUAAGGGAGCUCAUGGAGGGAGAGAGGGGUAAACUGAGGCAAAGCCUAGAAGAGCUGCAGCGACUCCACAGUCAGGUGACACUGCUGAGUGUGGAGAUGACUGCACUCAAAGAGGAGAGGGACCGACUCAGAGUGACAUCUGAAGACAAGGAGCCGAAGGAGCAGCUCCAGAAGGCCAUCAGGGACCGGGACGAGGCCAUUGCAAAGAAAAAUGCUGUGGAGCUGGAACUCGCCAAGUGCAGGAUGGACAUGAUGUCUCUGAACAGCCAGCUGCUGGAUGCCAUUCAGCAGAAGCUGAACCUCUCUCAGCAGCUGGAGGCUUGGCAGGACGACAUGCACAGGGUCAUUGACCGGCAGCUGAUGGACACGCACCUGAAGGAACGGAGCCAGCCGGCCGCUGCCUUCUCCAGGGGCCACGGUGCAGGGCGGGGGGACGAGCCCAGCACCACUGAAGGCAAACGGCUCUUCUCAUUCUUCAGGAAAAUUUAACUUGGGAGGAGUCAGGCCACCGAGGAUGGGGGGACUGGAAAAGGGGGUGGGGGCCAGGGCCUCCCCUGAGGCCUGGGGCUGGCAGCUGCACUGUCCCCACCUAGGGCCCGGUGGGUGCCCCUUUUGCCAGUGGGGAUGGAGACCUCAAGGUGGGGGCCCGCCUUGGCCUCUGAAGGCUGCCCUCACCCUGCCACCUGGCCCAGCCUUCCCCCGGAUCCUGUCCUCGAGCAGGGCUCAGGCCGCUUCCCAGAGUGGCCCCUUGCUUGGGCUCUGCGGCUCAGACCACGGACUGCAGCUCCCCUGCAGGUACUGCUGCCUCAGCUUUAGCAAAUGGGUAAGGGGAGGGAUGCAGGCCUUCUCCGCAUGCCUCGGGAGGCCUGGGCCUCUGUUUCUUCCCCGUCCCUGGCCCGGGGAGCCCCAGGGGAGGCGGUGGCCCCUCACCCCCGUGCAUGCACCUCUGCGGGAGCCCCUCUGCGGGCAGGAGGCCGAGUGGUGGCCUCGGGGCCCAAGAGCUGGGGCCUAUCCAAGCUCUCCUGAGGCCAUCCUGAGCCCCAGGGAGGAAGGAGGCCCUGUCCCCUGGCUGCCACUGCUCUCCUUCCUCAGCCUCUUUCAGUGCGGUCCUUGCCCCUCAGCAGGGCCCAGGCCAGGCGCAGUGUGUUCUCACGGGUCCGCUGCUGGCUUCAGCCAUCCAGCCCUUUCUCCGUCACAGGCCUGGGGCUCGGAGGGGUCUCUUCAUCCUGUAGCCCCCUGCCCCUCACAUAUACAGCUUCUUGGCCCAGCCAAGCAAGUCUAGGCUACAGAAUGGCCCCAGAGGGGUCUGUGGUCAGCCACCCCCCACCGCCAGGGCAGUCUCAGCACCACAGAGUGGCUGGGAGCGGGGAGGCCGCUGGGGCCUCCAGCUACUACCCGCCAGGCCUGCGCCAGGCCCGGGCCUGCGCCUGCUGCUGCUCCUUCCUCGGCGGCCACGCCGCCAUCCGGCCCAGGCCUCGGCAGAGGCUCCACGGCCGCCCGCAGCCGAUUCAGUCUCCCCUCCUAACACGGGAAAGCACAGCAGGGAUGAGCGGAAAGAAUGUUCCUAUAGAUAUGUACAUACCACAGUGCUGUAAUUUUGUAUGUAGCAAUCAUGUAAAUACAUGUAUGGAUUUUAUAACAUACUAUAUAUAUAAAUCUAUAAAGGCAUAUUUUUAGAAAAACAGCGCACCACUGCUUCUUUUGAAAAUAGACUGAAUAAGAAUAAAAUGAAUUUCUACA